CCUCUGUAAACAGAAGAAUGUGUGUCAGUCCAGAUGUUUACUCGUGUUUGGGGCCAUCGGUCUUGUUGAGAAGUAGUUGGCAGUUGACCCUUAUAGCAGGUGUAGUGUAUGUAUAGAAGCUGUCAAUUGCUAUACACUGGGAUAAGCCAAGCUGCAUACCCAACAAUUUUCACGAUGGAGUCCCGUAAGCAGCCAUUGGUCAUUGCCAUGGUGAUGGUGUUUUGCCUGAUGACUACUUCCGGUCAGCGUUGCUAUAGCACUGAACUGAAUCCUUACCGUUAUUUCGCUGCCAAGACACGUUACGAUGACAGCAUCAAAGAGGCGGAACCUACAUCGAAUGUACAAGACUGUAACGUGGAGAGUAAAGCCAAAGCAGCGACGACAGUGUGACAGCUGACGACUGGUCACAUGGGGGUAUUCUAACCAACCUCGGUUGUUCUACCUUCUGAUCCGACAUGGGUCCAGAUUUCCUUCCGCAACAGAUUACAACAACAUGGUCAAGUACCUGUCAGAAUUACAAGGGCGGAUUAAAAACAGCAGCGACUCAGGCAACUCCUCGUUGUGCCCAGAAGACUUGUCGAACCUGUUGUCAUGGAAACAGAGGAUACGACAAGAGGAUGUAGACGAUCUGGCUCAGUUUGGAGUCCGUGAAAUGAAGGAGAUCGCCCGGAAGUACCAGAAUCUAUUCCCUGAUCUUCUGAAGGCACCAUACGAUAAGGACAAGUUUCUUUUCCAGUCUAGCUACAUGGAGAGAAAUAUUUUAAGUGCUAAAGCUUUUGCAAAUGGUUUAUUUGGAAACGAAGAAGUUGAAGUUUCCCAUAACCCUAAAGGUCAAGAUUCCUUACUCCAGUUUUACAAAAAUUGCCACAAAGCUUCUCAGACACGAAAGAAUCCAAUGCCAGAGAGGACAAAGUUUAUCCAAGGUCACAUAAACCAGGUUACCAUUCCCGCCAUAGAAACCUUUCUGGGAUUUGCCAAAGGAAGUUUGACCUUCGAUCACAUCGACGCCAUGUAUAAGAUGUGUGUAUUUGAUCACGUGGUGUAUGACGACUCCCCCUGGUGUGCUGUGUUUUCCCGCCAGAAUUUGGUUACCAUGGAGUACCUGGAAGAUCUCCGGAACUAUUACCUCGAGGGUCCUGCGUAUCAAAUCAAUACUGACCAAUCGUGUGACUUACUGAAAGAUGUUGCCAAGUACCUCAGAAUGCCGUCAAAGGAAUCACCAGGUAACUAUCCUGCGGGCGUGUUCAGAUUUACACACAGUCCUGUGAUAAAUUCCUUCCUGGCUCAGCUUGGAGUAUUCGAUGGCCAGGAUGCUUUGCGGAGCAGCAAUAUGGCGGAACAAGAUCAGCGGAAGUGGCGGCUGUCAUUAAAGGAUCCUUACUCUGCGCAUGUCGCUCUUGUCGUCAACGAGCGGACAGACUCAAAAUUCGAGUUGCUCACCUUCAUCAACGAGAGGCUGUCUUCCAGCCAUGACUGGGAUACCGUGAUGAGCACUGUGGGUGAAACAGCUGACAGUUGUGAUUUUAACGCUGUUUGUGAAAACAGUGGCGUAAAUAUCAGUCGCGUUAACUACCUCGUCAUAUUUGCGAUCAUUCUUGGCUGUGUCAUUUGAAUCAGUAAUUGGUAUGUGUAAAAUUACAGGUUACUGUGGCCUGUUGAAUAGUGUGAUAGGCUAAACCUUGUAUAUCUUCGAUGUUUGUGAGUGGUGGGUGGUAUAGAACCCUUCAUUAUUCAUCUUGAAUGGAUUGAUGUUUGUUCGUAAGGAGCCUUUUUCAGCCUGUAUUUUUCGUCAUGAAAUUUCAGAACAACCGUUUAAGGAGGUAUAGUAUGAAAUUAUAUUCUUAGAUUAGCCUGGUAGUAUAAUCCUGUGUAUAAUCAUGGGCUAUCGGCUGUAUUUUCCCAACUGAACUACAUCUCCCAACCCGAGCUCCACUGAUUUCCCGACCCGAGCUCCACUGAUUUCCCAACCCGAGCUCCACUGAUUUCUCAACCCGAGCUAUACUGAUUUCCCAACCCGAACUCCACUGAUUUCCCAACUCAAGCUGCAUUUCCCUACUAACCUAGAUUUCCCAAUCCUGAAGAUGAGUUAUUAACUCGAGUAAUAUCAAAUAAACGGAACAAACCGGAAUAUAUGCCAGGAAGGUAUGUUCACAAAGUCACAUCUUUGCUUCAUUAUAAUAGAUUCAUUUUUUUCUGAGCUUGUACAAGUAAAUGUAAGCUGUUAACAGUCGACAUGUGUAUUGGCCUUCCUUACUGCAAGACUGGACAGGGAUUUUUUCUGAAUUCAACUGAUUUCGCUGUUUCAAUAACUUCCGCCAGACGCUUUGAAGCCAAACGUUAUUUCAUUUGCGAGAAAAUGCCGACUGCCAUCAAUUAAGAGUUGGCUGAAGAUACCGGAAGUCAUUUUAGGCCUCCCAGUUUAGACCUCACCAACUCUAAAAUGUACACUUUCCCGCCAUAUUCUUAUCAAUUUCAAACAUACCUUGAAAAUCGUUUUCAAGAAGAGAGCGAACAAAACUGUUUGUAGGUCACGUAGUUAAUGUCAACUUUGUCCACAAGGGGGAAAAGACUAGCGGAAAACAUCAUAUAAAUUACUGUGGCGUAAUUUCGCGCCAGUGCAAUGAAACGAAAAUAAACUGUAAAUCCAACUGUUGACAGAAAAGUUCUUUUAUUUUUUUUUUUUAAAUUUAACGACGAGACUCAUACAUAAUUAUUUUCACAGUUCUUAGGAAACAAAACUGAUGUUUAGGGCCGUGGCUCAUAAGGUCGUCAUGCUGAUAGCUUUGAACUUGGGAAAACAGCUAGCAGCCAUUGUUUCGUAUCAACUGGUGUGUUCUCUCAUAAACGAUUGUUACGGAAGUUAAAACAGAUGGAUUAAUUAUUUUUAAACAAUGGACUUUACAUUUAAAGAACUAGAUAUCAAUUUUUUUUACAGAUAAGGCAUGACGCCCUUCGUAGUUACGAGAAAAUGCUGAAUUUCAUUAUGUAUAGACAUAAAUAAUGAAUGAACA